UAUUUUAUUUGAUAAAUUAGUCGUCAUGUGAUGAAAAUACGUCAUAUUCCUAUGAAUAGUUAUAUAAAAAUCUAGACACGGCUAAUGAAUAAUUCAGAGUGGCAAAACAAGUGAUACGAAAAACAUUGGUUAUUACAAAAUGAAAGAACGCUCGACGCAAAAGCAUUACUGGCUGAGAAAAGUCACGGGCAUGACUUGUGCCAAAAAUUUUAUUGUUUUGGUCGCAAUGACGUGUUUGGUUGCACAAAGUGAAGCAGUGAGUGUUGCAUUAUGUUAUGCAUAUGAACCAAAUGUCACCGCUCUUUCCGAAUUCGAUUGGGCCGUAGUUGAUUCGGAAGCAAACUUUGAACCAUCAAAACUUGGAAAUUCGGAAAGUAACACAAUUUGGUUUUCAUAUGUGAGUGUGGGUGAGGUACAAUCUCAUCGUCCUUAUUUCAAUGAAAUGCCACGUGAGUGGUUGAUAGGCAAUAACACCGAAUGGGCAUCGUACAUUAUUAAUCAAACUGCAUCAGGUUGGCCGUCGUUUUUUGUUAACAAAGUUAUUGCACCGACAUGGAAUCGAGGAUUCAAAGGAUUCUUUCUUGAUACGUUGGAUUCAUAUCAACGUGUGGUGACAACAGAUGCAGAGAGCCAAGCACAACAAAAUGGACUUUCUCAAGCAAUCAUUGCGCUAAAGAAGCAGUUUCCAAAUGCAAUGUUAAUUUUUAAUCGUGGUUUCGAGAUCAUGCCAAGCGUGCAUCAGGCUGCAAACAUGGUGGCAUUUGAAUCACUUUACGCAGGUUGGAAUCAAGCAGAACAGAAAUUCGUGCAAGUAAAUCAAAACGAUCGGGAUUGGUUGUUGGCGCGCGUAGGAGAAAUUGAAGACCAGUAUAAUUUGCCGAUAUUAGCAAUUGACUAUUGCCCUCCUGAGAACUUGACCUGCAUCCAAACCACUGUCAAACUUAUAACCGAAGAAGGAAUUGUGCCCUAUGUAACCGAUCCGAUGUUACAGACGGUUGGUGUUGGACCGAAUGAAGACUAAAGUUACUAAUUCCAAAUGGACCAGAGCUUAGCUCAUAGUAAGCUUAAUAGUUCUGAUAUUCAACUUAUGUUAACAAAAUCUUUAUAAUCAAAUAAAAUUGUGAAUACAGAUAAA